CUUCCCCUCAGUGGGUCACGGCCACUGUGCGUGUGAAGGAAGAAGAAGAAGAACCAUUGCUCUACAAUGGCUGAACAGCCGGGUGGUGGCGACAUAUUGCAGCAGGCUCCAGAAGCUCCGGCCGAUGGAGCACCCGCCGUUACAUCAGGAAGCGAACUCGGUGCUCACAGAGAUGCUGUUUCUCCUGCUCUACCAGAAACAACACCGGUGAGACCGUUCUGUAUUAUGGCUGCCUUGGUCGUUGUCGCUGUUGGCGUUGGUCUUGUCGCAGGAGGUGCCUACAUGAUCACCCGGUAUAUCACGAGCAAGGCCAGUAAAGGUAACGAUACAGCAUCACUACAACCGUAUCCAACUGGUAAGCUUUGCCUAUACAGUGAGCCCUCGUUAUUAUGACCAUGGUCGUUAUCGAAAAUUUUGGUCAUAAUGCGGAAUUGUCAUAUUAACGGGAGGAUUUGCAGAGGUUUCACUGCAUUGUUCCCCAGGAGUAUGGUCGUAACGCGCGUAUGUCAGAUUAACGGGGGUCAUAUUAACGAGGGUUCACUGUAUACUCUUGACGCGUACGCGAGGGGGUACACGCGUGUAUUUAGGAGCUUUUGCCACUACGCCACAUACAUAUCCGCCCAUUUAUUGCGUUUCAUUGCUGAGAUAGUCGUGCAUCGAGGUCUGUGUAGGUCCGUGGAAUGUAAGUAUACCUCAUUGGUCAAAUAGAAAAGCGUCAAGGAUGGAACUGUGCUUUUCACUCCAGCUUUUCUUUCAGUACUCGUCGACGUCCAGUCACCUGUUGGCUGGGGUGCCGUUGUCAUACUGAGCAGCAUGUCUACCGACACGUAGCUACUGGGAAUCGCGCGGCCUGGGCCGACUUCGUAAGCCACUGUGCCGACGAUUGCACAAACGGAUUCCAUAACCACCACCUACCAGACUUGGGAGACUCUGUACCUCUACCUUGGGGCACAUCCUGUACUCAUUGGGCCAGUGCAAAUAAUUUGUGUAUGCUGAAAAUA